UCUCUCUCUCUGUCUCUCUCUCUCUCACACACACACACACUUUCUUUAGCUUGUUUCAUUUCUGAGGAAUGUAACUUUACUCAAAUUCAUGUCCAACUACUAGUUAUAAGACCCCUCAAAAGCCACUAGGACUUCAAUUACCCCAAGCAUCUCCCCAUUGAAACUCCCAAUUCACCAGUUCCUGACCCACAAUACAGUAUACGUAGUAUAUUCCUCUUUUUCUUGGCUGUUUGUACGAGAUUUGGGUACAUAAUCAGCAAUUUUCUUUCCGAGCAAGAAUUGGUUAGUAUCAGAAAUUGUAUCUUUUCAACCCUGUAAAUCUUGUGGGCUUGUUGGGUCCUCAAUGGAUGCAGAAGUUAGCGAAUCAAAGUCGAAAAUGGAAGAUUAUGAAGUGAUUGAACAGAUUGGAAGGGGAGCUUUUGGAGCUGCUUUUCUUGUCCUCCAUAAAGCUGAGAAGAAGAAGUAUGUGUUAAAGAAGAUUCGCGUGGCGAAACAGACAGAGAAGUUCAAGCAAACUGCACACCAGGAGAUGAACUUGAUGGCUAAAAUAAACCAUCCAUACAUCGUAGAGUACAAAGAUGCUUGGGUGGACAAGGGGAGCCAUAUAUGCAUUGUGACUUCCUACUGCGAAGGAGGAGACAUGGCUGACAUUAUAAAGAAGGCAAAAGGAGCAUAUUUCUCAGAGGAGAAACUAUGCAAAUGGCUGACUCAGUUGUUGCUAGCAGUGGACUAUCUGCAUUCCAACCGUGUCAUACACAGGGACCUGAAGUGUUCCAAUAUAUUCCUCACAAAAGACAGUGACAUUCGGCUCGGUGACUUUGGACUUGCAAAACUGCUGAGCACAGGGGACCUUGCUUCAUCGGUUGUUGGAACUCCCAACUACAUGUGCCCUGAGCUCCUUGCAGAUAUUCCGUACGGCUACAAAUCUGAUAUAUGGUCACUUGGUUGUUGUAUGUUUGAGAUCGCUGCACAUCAACCAGCAUUUAGGGCUCUGGACAUGGGGGGACUUAUCAACAAGAUUAAUAGAUCCUCCAUUUCUCCACUUCCAAUCCUAUAUUCAUCCACUUUGAAGCAGAUUAUUAAGAGCAUGUUGAGGAAGAGUCCAGAACACAGACCAACUGCUGCUGAACUCUUGAGGAGCCCCCAUCUCCAACCAUACCUCCUCCGCUGUCGUAACCCCUCCUCCAUCUUUCUUCCUGUGAAGCCCACCUCCGUCUUUCUUCCUGUGAAGCCCACAAACAACACAAAAGAUAAACCAAGAAAGUCAUCAUCCCCAAACAACACAAAAGACAAACCAAGAAAGCCAUCAUGCAGAAGAUCUAGCAAUGGCAAUGACAACGGAGUAAUGGAGGUAAGAGUGCUAGAAGAUGUAGAACCAUUUCUUCCAUUGGGAGAAACUAUUGAUAAACAAUCGACAAGCUUAUCGAACGACAGUCUUGAAACCAAAAGAGUCGAUCCCACUAGCUUUUCUGCAAAUAGCUUUGAUCAAAGUGAAGAAUCAGAAAGUGGGAAGAGUACUUGUUGCGAUUUAACUGCUAGCACUGGAGAGAAGCCCGGCAGCUCUAGAUCUUCAUUACAAACAGGAAGCAUUGGAAAAGAGGCUGAAAUUGAGAAAGAUAGCAAAAAGGACCCUCAACUCUUUUGCAAUCAAGAAGUUACUUUUGCAGCUGAAACAACCGAAGAAGAGGGUGCUGAUGUGUUGGGUAAGCACACAAGAAUGUCCAGUGAUGGUCUUAGUGAUGAGGCGGACUCCACAAAAGAACCCAUUGAAAAGGUUCAAGGUAUCGGAAAUCCGGCUGCAUAUACCGAAAGUAACGAUAGCAAAACGGAUGUGGUGAUAAUGGUGGAGAGUAGUAGUCACUCAACACAAGUAGAAGAAAAAGUUAGAUACAGGGAAAGCCCAGGUGCAUAUAUGGAAACGAAUGAUAGCAAUGAGGAUGUGGGAAUAGAAGUGCAUAAUAACAGUUACUUGACCCAAACAGAGAAAGAUGAGACGCAAGUGAUCGUAAAUCAGGCAUCGAUUGCCAUUUCAAUGGAAAAUCCAGAUGCUUGCACAGAAAGUAAUGAAAGCAAAGGGGAUAUGGAAGUAAAGGUGCAGAAUACUACUGACUCAACACAAACAGAGAAAGAUGAGAUGAAAGCCAGGAUAAAUCAGGCUUUAAGUGAAAUUUCACAGUUGAGUACGCUAACUGGAGUUGGGAGUGAUGAUGGGAAGAGCGCGUGGGAGAAUCCGGGUCAACAACGAGCCGAUGCUCUAGAGUCCCUGCUUGAGCUUUGUGCGCGGUUACUCAGGCAGGAAAAGUUCGAAGAGCUUUGUGGUGUGCUGAAACCAUUUGGAGAAGAAGGGGUUUCGUCCAGGGAAACUGCAAUUUGGUUGACCAAAAGCCUCAUGAGGGCACAGAAAUUUAGUGGGGGCGGUGGAACUUGAUGUUUCAUCAAAUUUUGGGAUGGUCAAUCUCUUCUUUUCUUUUCGUGCAUUGUUGUUUAAUUGGGUGUUUUUGUCAAUUGUGUUUGGUAAGAGAAUGUGUUUGCUUUUAGAAGGCUGUUUUGAUUGAUGAAGCAAGUAAAACUAUAAGAAUGCCAUGAACUACUAACAGACCCACAAAAAGUGUUGGAAAUUUGUUAUUUUAAUAUUAAAUUUCUGUACAUCUUCUGGUUCUA